AAUCCGAUGCAUGGAAGUCGAAAAGAGGAGAACUUUGUUCGAAAACAAAUCGGUGGCACGACACGCAGACGUUGCAUGAGCACAAACUAUCUGUAGAAGUUCCCACUCAGAUCGGAGUGAGCGAAUCUUCGAUCGCCUACGACUCGCUGAGUUUUUGCUGCAAUCGCAUCCCGCGACUUCUCCGCAAUUGACGAGAAUGGAGGACCUGAAGGAAUGCAGUGAGAAUCUUCGGGAGACUAUGAAAAACUGUUGUCCGCCCGUCCAUCUCAGCGUUUUGAUGCGGGCCUAUCGGAUAGAAAAUGGCAGAGAAGUUCCUUUCGAGCGUUAUGGGUACAGCAACGCCGAAGAUUUUCUGCGGGACAACUUCCCCGAAUUGAACCUAGUCAAGUACGACAAGGGUUGCAUCGUUCACUACAAAGAUGACGCGCCAGCAGUAGAGGUCAACGUCGCCAAUCGUUCCCACAUUAGCCAAGCCGCCGCCUCGCCGACAAUCACGACGAACAUUUUCACUCCGAGAUGGGCCAAGAAGAAAGAGGUCCCUCUUCCUUUUAGAGUAUUUUUGCGUCGGAUCAUCGAUAUGUAUCCUCUGGGGAUAACAGCGAGAGACUUCGUUGACGUCUUCUACCAAAAGUCGGGGUCGCCCUUAUCUUACCAACUCUAUGGAUAUCCAGGACAUCUCUCAAUGUUCAAGGAUUUGCCAGAUGUUUUCCGCCUCGAACAGAUAUCUGAUGGAGAGCACAAGCUGUACCCUGUAGAGAAGACUGUGACGGGUACCAUUCCGAAUAGCAAUCUCAAUACUCGGGCUGAAACUCAAACUUCGAGCCAGAGCUCAACGAGAGAAAUAGGCACUUGGGUUCCGAGUAGCUCCACCUUCCGCCCAUCGAAGCUCAGCUUGAACCCUGUCAGAGUCUGGAAAACUGCGUUCGGGACUUUCAUCACGGUUGAACUUGACGGCGACGUCCUGGUCCCGACCGGCUCCGUGGCGUGCAUGAUUGGACUCAGUGAAGACGAUGUCCUCUUCAGACUGAAGCAACAGGGUGUUGAUGUUCGCGGAGUCAAAUUCCUCUCCAACGAAGUACCUGAACAUUUGCCUCUUCUCCAGAAACUUUUCCCUCACAAGAGCUCACUCCUGAUCCAAGGGGAAGCCUGUCCGGUCGUCUCGCUUAUCCCAAUACAAAGCUGCCGUUUCAUUCUGAAAGCUCUUUUGGAGGAACCAAAAUCGAUCCAGGAGUUGACGAAAGAGAUUCGAGCUCUUUCGCUCACCUUGGGAGCAUCGUGAACGGACGAUGUCGCAUUUCACCCGCACCAAGAGGAAACUCGAGACGUCGUUCCCCGACAGAUUGGUUGCUGCCCAUGUCUGGCCGCAUUUUCUGUCCACCGGCUCACAGAUCGUGUAUAUUCCACCGAAUUCGGCAUUGGGAUCUCUUUUUGAAUUAAAAACGAUAUUUGUGGUGGAAAA